AUGUUAGCGACUAGGACCGUCGGUCGUACUGCAUCCCGCUGCAUGUCUAGGGUCGUAAGACCCGGUGCUGUGAGGUCCUUCUCCGUUUCUCGUGUUUCCCGUAACGAAGAAUUCGUGGAUCUUAGUAAACUUCCUCGUCCAAAACCGCAAACUCCAGUGGUGCCAUUACAAAAUCCGGCUGAAAAAUACAAAGAAGUCAAUGAAGAGCUCCAUAAGUUUGGCAGGUACAUUAUGGGGUGCAUGCCCAAAUAUAUCCAGCAGUUCUCGGUGUGGAAGGACGAAUUGGUGUUGUAUGUUGCUCCUUCAGCUUUGAGACCAACCAUGCUUUUUUUAAAGCAUCACACUCCAGCUGAUUUCAAGUCGGUGAUGGAUGUUACUGCCGCAGACUACCCUUCUAGAACCAACCGGUUCGAUGUGGUUUACAACUUGUUGUCUGUCCGUCAUAAUUCGAGAAUUAGAGUGAAAACUUACGCUAGUGAAACUACUGCCGUUCCCUCGGUGGUUCCUCUUUUUGAAGGAGCCAAUUGGUUCGAAAGAGAGACCUACGAUUUGUUCGGUAUUUUCUUUGAAGGUCAUCCAGAUUUGAGAAGAAUUAUGACCGAUUACGGUUUUGAAGGCCACCCAUUGAGAAAGGACUUCCCCACCACCGGUUACACCGAGAUCAGAUACGACGAGGAAAAAAAGAGAGUGGUAUACGAGCCAUUAGAAUUGACCCAGGCAUUCAGAAACUUCUCUGUGGGGUCUUCUGUGUGGGAACCUGUUGGUGAUGGUAAGGACUUUACUCCUGAGUCUUUCAAGUUGCCAACUCCUGAAGCAGAACCAGAAGCCGAAGGCCAGGAGAAGAAGUAG